AUGGCCCUAUGGCUACACUCGAAAUGGGGGACCACUCCGAUAAACACAAAGAACUACAGGGCGAUCAGGGAUCGCAAAAUCAGCGCCUUCCAGUGGAACCAAGUCGGGAAUCCCCCAGAGGGCUUGAUCGGAGAUUCGGCGGAGACUCUGAUUGACGAGGCCGACCCACGCGCUAGCGACUGGCUGUAUGGCUCGGAUAAGUGGAACAAGAGCUUCCCGGAGGGGUGGGUGGCUAUCCGUGUCCUAGGGGCUGGUGGCUACGGGAUUGCUGGCCACUGGCGAUAUGAGGCAGAGGGUGCACAUAAAAUGGGGUAUGUGCAGGGGGAGAUUCACGAUAUCGUUGUCAAGCAGGCGAGCGCGGUGACUAGUAAAGGUUUGAUCAACGAGGCAUUUAUCAUGGAAAUGCUGACCAAGACGGGGUCGAGACACUUUCCUCAAAUCUAUGGCCGCAUUCACCGCGAUGUCGGGCAGCAGGAUCGGGUAUCGGUUGAUCAGAAGAGGAGGGAGGUGCAUCGCAUAUUCAUGGAGUUCUGCGCGGGGGGUAGCCUUGCCGCUUACAUCAAUGAUAGCUCUUACCAUGGCAACCUCACCCCCGAGACUGAUCUGUGGUCGUGGUUCCACUGCUUCGCGAAAGCGAUCGUGGUUCUGGAGCGUGGGCAUGAACAGGACUCGGAAUCUCGGUUUUCGCGUAGGGAGCCGUGGGGUCACGAGCGUGAGGUAGUGCACUUCGAUAUCAAGCCCGACAAUGCGCUGAUUACGGUGCGUGAUAAUGAUGAACAUAUCGGUGCUAAGCGGGUUGUGAUCUCAGACUUUGGGAUCUCCGAGGUUCUCCCCAACGAACGGAAUGGGCCCCACAGAGAUCACGAUGUCAUCUUAAAGGAGUAUGAAGAGGUGGGAACUGUUAUUUUUAGGGCGCCGGAACAACAAGGAAAACUUCCACGUGCCAGACGACGAUACGCAGCAUGCACGAAUAUUUUUCAGAUUGGGUGCAUAAUGUAUUGCCUAAUGCAAACUAAUAUUUUCCCCGAUUAUGACCCUCCUACCUGGACGACCCUCACAGGGCGAAAUAAGAUGCACAGAACUAUGGGAGGACAAGAUCUGGAAUUGGAAACCAGACUUAGCAGAACUUUGCGAGGCCUCGCCGCCGAAUGUCUACACUUGGAUCCGCGCUAUCGACCCACCGCCGUGGAAUUGCUCAGGAGGACACGAGACGGCCUCAAACGCAUCAACCCCUGGGGAGCCACAGCUUCGAAAAUAUAUGAGAAGCUCAAACCCGUCGACACUUUGAUGCUCGAUCGAUGGUUUGGACAGAACCCGAGUGUCGUAUGGCCUCAGCGGAUCCCUGAAAUGGAAGAGGUCGUGAACCUGCGUCGCCGGCAGGCGCAUCAGGUCGACCUCGCGAAGAAGUACACUCCACAGAAUCCUCCCACGGCCAAUAACCAGGGGGGUAACCCUCCUGGUGGCCCGGCCACAGGACAGAAUCCUCCCCCAGCCGGUAACCAGGGCGCUGACCCUCCUCCUGGCCCGACCACAGGGCAGAAUCCACCCGUGAACAAUAAUCAGCCUAGAGCGCCUCCCGCAGCGGGACCAAGUGGUACGACUCAAGCGCAGCAGCCUUCGGCGAACACCGAGCCCGUCGUACACCACAAACCUUGGCCAGGGGACAAGUUCACGCAGCCCAUUGAUAUCCUCGAUGGGAAGGUUCCCAGAAAAUCGAAACCGGCGGCGGCCGGUAACGCACCCCCAAAGGAGCCAGACUGGGGUAAGGUAGUGAAAGGCAUAAAAUGCCCUCCCCCAGCCAAAGUUCCACGGCCACAAAAACGGCCCUCCCAGGGGCCGGCGCCGGAUCCCAAGAGGUCGCGGCAGAGCGAGCCGGCGCCUAUCCGCCAAAUCGACAUGAUGAACAAUUGGCUCCACUCCGUCGAUCUCAAUCGCGCAGCGGUGCCAGUCCCCCAGCCGCCAACAGCAGAGCAGGACUUCCUAAUGCCCGUGCGGAUCUGGCCUGGGCCACUACCCAACCCCGCCGACGAGCCCGUGGCCCAGAUGCGCAUCUUCGCCAUCCCCAUCAGCGCCACCAUCCGAGAUCUGCUGCGGGUCAUGACGGCAGACGAGAGCAGCGGCGUCGCGCUCGCCGUGCGUUGCAGGUUCGCCCGGCCCGGGACGCCACAGGAACUGCCCCUGAGCAAGCCGCUCGCGGACCUGGGAUAUGGGCCGGCGCCGCGCGUGCGCAGCGCGCAUCUGGAGUGCUUCCGCAAAAUGGCCACGCCGGCGUUUGUGCCUGGGGGGCUCGCGAGGUCGCUCCUGCUGACUAUAUACAUCAAGCCGACGCCCGGGGUGGAGGAUAGAGUAGGCCAAUUGACACUGAAGGUCGCGUAUCAAAUGACGAUAAUGAGGCUGAAGAAGGCGGUCAUCGACAACGCUAUGCGGCCAGAUUUUAGGGUCCCGUCACAACUCAUGAUGCAUUAUGGGGGGGACGAUCCCCAGGCGCGGGACUUUCCGGAUUAUAGGACUAUCAGAUCGUUUUUCGACGGGGAGGGGGAGGGGGAGGAUGUCCAUGGAAAGAUUUGGUGUAGUUUAAGGCCCCAGGGGCAGGGGGGAAGUGGCAGUGGGAGGCCGGUGCCGUUUGACAAGGUUUAUACGCCGCCGCGGUACAGGAACAAUAGAAGAUUCUUAUAAUGGGGAGUGCAUUAGGGAUGCUAUUUCUCAGCCAGGGCGGUGGGCGGAAGGACAGUGUUCCCGGUUUCGAGUUAUAUUGCUUUGUCUAUUUACCAACCGUAGUUUGACUGUCCUUUAGCAAAUCAGCAAUUUCUCGUUUAUGCAGCACUGCCUGUUUUUUUCUGUACAUUUCACUUUCAAACAAUGAACACGAG